CCACCGCAGUCAAUAAAUGAAUGAAGGUCACGUGAUGGGCCCAAGCCCAGCUCUAUGGUCCCAUCCCACUCCCCAACCUCAUCCCGAAUUUAAUUAAUUAAAUUAUAAAUUAUUUACAAGAGAGGAAAAAUCCAGAGCGAUUUGAAAAUCUUCGCAAAAAAUUUACGUAUGUGAUCUCACCAAAAACACGAAAGCGACUUAACUCUAUUUGUCUUUGUCCUUCUUCUUCUUCUGCUGACUUGCUCAGUUUAGGAUCGAGAUCGUGGAGCUCAAUUCUGAUUUGAAUCUGAUAUUCAAGGACCUACUCUGCUCUGGUGUUUUUCUAUGUCAUACUUGCUGAUUUGAGAAAUUCAUAGAACUACUGCUCUUGAAUUACCAACACCUCAAUGAGUGCUCUAUGCUCUGGGUUAUUGCGUAUUAAUCGACUUAGAAGGAGAGUCUGAAACUCUUUAAAGUCAAGAUUUUUUCCAACCAUUCGAUGGGAGACUCUUUUGAGUCUAAUAAAAUCAUCGAUAAGGCAAAUGUUUUAUCUGGAAAUAAAGUAUCAAACACAAGUUCACUUGUUUCUCUCCAUAAAGCCUCAUCACGGCCUUCUUUUAGGCGCAUUUCUUCCCUGGCCAAUGGGAGUAACGGAAGUGAUGCAAUUGGCCGCAUAGCAGUGUUUGUACUGAAAGUUGCUGCACUGGAGACCGUUCGCAGAUUUUCAAAGGCUAAGUGCCCCUUUGUGUGGCGUGGUCUUCAGGCUUUGCAAGUUCUAUGCUAUCCACCAUUCAAGUGGAUUCAAAGAUUUGCUCCCUUCAAGGGUUUGGUCAAAGGCGCACAGAUGUUUUCAAGGCCAUUAUUGAUACUUUCAAUAGCAACAGCACUCUCUGAAGAAUUAGAAUCAAAUGAUGGACCAUCAGGUGGUACACCUGAAUCUAAUACAUCUUCAGCUGGCACACAUGCUUCUAGCGCAUUGUCGGAUGUACCUUCAGAGCUAUCAUCUGUACAGAAUACUAUGGAGACAAGUGUGUGCGAUGAAAGUCAUCAAAAUGUACCAUCUGAAUUGUGGUUGAUUCAAUUCCACGAAGAGCUUGAAAAGCAAGGGAUUAGUUUGCCAGAAAGAAUUAAUGAGGAUGAACUCCGUAGAUUUUAUAUGGCUGCAAAUGGAAACUUUUCAAGUUUUCUAUCCUCAAUCAAGAAGACAAUCCGUUGGAGGGAGACUUACAGAAUGUUUACCGAUGAGGAGCUGGAGAUGUGGUCGAAUUUGGUCUUCUGGCAUGGAUAUGAUGUACAGCAACGACCUUGUCUCAUUGUACGACUCGGGUUAGCUUGCACCAGUUUGUCACCUACUGAUAAGCCUCGUUUUGCUCAAGCAAUCAUAUCUUCCGUUGAGCGUGGAGUCUUGCAUUUAGUUGAUGCAGAAAUGGGUGAAAUUACAGUUUUGGUGGAUUGUAAAGGUUUAUCUCCACUUAAAAUUCCAAUGCAAGUCAUAAGAACCUGUUCUUCUUUUCUGCAAGAUCACUUCCCAAACCGUCUUGGCUGUUUGUUUGUUGUACAGCUUCCUCCAGUUCUUCGUGUUAUUGCUCAAACUUUUAUAAAGAUGCUAAAGCCUGUGACGCGAAAAAAGUUAAAAAUUUGGGGGGAAGCGUAUGGGAAGUUACUUUUGGAGCAUCUUCAGACAGUCCCAGCAUAUCUUGGAGGCAAAUGCAAAUGUGAAAAAUGUUUAGAAUUGGGCACCUCCAAUAUGCGACAUUCUCCUCUUAGAAAUAAAAUCACAAGGAGGGAGUCAACUGAAAGCUUUUAUGAUGGUGAAAACCCACCUCUACUCGAUUCAUCUUAUGAGACAGGAGCCAACUCUAAUAGUAACUGCGACCAGGUGGUGAGAACUGCUAUUAUAAGCUGCAUCAUGUUUUGGGUUUUCAUAGCUCUUAUAGCUGGAAUAUUUGACCCUGAAAGCAGUCCAUUCGCUCCAUCUACAUGAGGCAAUACCAUAAGACUGUCGUUUCUUCGUUCUCUUGGCACUUGGUUCUUCAUCAAAGUAAUCCAUAUUAGUAAUUCAUAAAAUAUAUAUUUUAGUAUCACAUGUGCUAAAUUAGUAUAUUUGGUAAUUGAAUCCCGUAUUUGUCGUGAUAUGUAUAUUUAAUAGGAAUAUUUGUGUUCACAAGUAUGGUUUGUCUAUAGAAUUUCAACUUAGUAUAAAAUUUAUGUUUGCUUUUCCUCAAUAUUGUGACAAUUGGAAGAGAGGUGUAGUUACGAAUCAAGUUAUGCAUGCGGCUACUCGAUGUAUUGAUCUCAGUUGUAAGGUGGAAAAAAUAAGUACACUUUCGUAUUCUAUCA